AUGGUGGUCAGCUUGCUAGCGGGCAGCUUCGGCAACAUCAACACGCAAACCCGAGACGGCCGGACGCCGCUCCACCUCAAUGCUCUCACCGGGCAGAAUGCGCUAGUGUUAGGCCUGGUAGAUCACUGUGCAUCCGUUGACGCACGGGACGCGAGGGGUGAGUCACCACUGGUCGAGGCCUCCUAG